CUUCUUUGCCUGCAGUUCUCCCCUUCUACCAGCUCUUUAGUCUUUACUAACACUCUCAUUCUCCCAGUUAAACCAAUAGAAUUUCAGUCAACCCAUGGGUGAGCAAAAGGAAGGAGCCAAACCUGAAGCCGAGAAGAAGCCCGCCGCCAAUGUCGGCGCUAAGAAAGAUGACGGCAACGUCACCGCCGUUUACAAGAUUGAUAUGCAUUGUGAAGGCUGUGCCAAGAAGAUCAAACGUUCGAUUAAGCAUUGUGAAGGUGUGGAAGAUGUGAAGACGGAUUAUGGAGCCAACAAACUGACGGUGAUUGGCAAAAUUGAUCCCGCCAAAAUCAGAGAGAGAUUGGCUGAGAAAACCAAGAAGAAAGUCGACCUUAUUUCUCCUCAACCUAAAAAAGAUGCCGCCGCCGGCGAUAAAAAGCCCGAAGCGGAGAAGAAACCUGAAGAGAAAAAAGAAGAAAAAAAGCCACCUAAAGAGAGUACGGCGGUGUUGAAGAUCAGAACACAUUGCGAUGGAUGCAUUCAUAAAAUUCGCAAAAUCAUCUUGAAGGUUGAUGGAGUUCAAUCGGUGGACGUCGAUGGAGCUAAAGAUUUGGUAACCGUGAAAGGCACAAUGGACGUGAAAGACCUGGUCCCUUACCUCAAGCAAAAGUUAAGACGAAAUGUAGAAGUGGUUCCUCCUAAGAAAGACGACACCGGUGAGAAAAAAGACGAUGCCGGUGAGAAGAAAGAAGGAGGGGAGAAAAAAGAAGACGGCGGAGAGAAGAAAGAAGGUGACGGCGGUGGUGAAGCGAAAAUGGAGGUGAGCAAGAUGGAGUACCAUGGAUACGGCUAUCCUAACCAGCCAAUGUACUGGUCGGACGGAAACGCGUACGCUGGUCCGAGUUAUGCGAUCGAAGAGUAUCGGAAUCAUCAUCAUCAGGAUUACGGAUACGCGAAUCAAGGGUAUCUGCAUCCUCAUCCAGGGCAUACCGAUCAAGGGUAUAUGAUGGAUCCACGUCAUCCCCUACAUGCACCUCAGAUGUUCAGUGACGAAAAUCCCAACGCCUGUUCCGUUAUGUGAGAUCUAAAUCUCUGAUCAUAAUUAAAAUCCAAAAAAUAAAAAGGCCAAAAUGUAAAGAAUAUAACUUUCUAGGGAUAUAAAAGUAAAUAGAUAGCUCAAAAAGUGAACCAUAUAAACGGUAAUUAAUAGAGUAGACCUUAUAGGGAAGAACCGGCCGGCUUGGCUAGGAGCUGGUUGGUGUAGGGAUGGUCGUUGGUUGCUUCUUUUGUUGGUUCUCAAUUAAUGAAAAUAAAAUUUUUCAUG